UUUAAUUUGAUUAUGGUAAGAACACAUAUUCCCUUACGCUCAUUUUUAUUAUUUUCAGAAACUGGUCAAUUCUGGGUCGGUGUAAUAGACGACGGAAUACCACGGCCAUCUUGUAAAAAAUCAGUCAAAAGGACUCACCUAUCUCCAAAGUGCCUCAAGAUCGAUAAGGGUUGUCCGCAGAUGGUGAUCUCCACCGCCAGAAAUGCAUCGGUCCUCAACUCUGCAUGCAACAGUCAAGCUGGCUAUAUCUGUCACCUAGGUCCGAUGAUAGUGGUUCCGGGUUUCUGCCAGUUGCAAGGUCUUCUCGUCAGCUUCUUGUCACCUCUCGUUCUGUGCUACCUCACACUAAUCAGCAUCGAAAGGUUCCUGCAGUGCAUGAUGCCCGAGGAACACGACCUCACAUUCUCGUGGCUCAACACUAACGUCAUCCAGGGAGGAGUCAUGUUCCUGCUCAUUACAGACGCCACGGGACCUGUCUACGGGUGGGCCCAGUACACCUUCUCCUCAGAGAGUGGGCUGUGCAUCCUAGACCCGGGGUCGCGGUACGUGACGACGUACAUCAGCGUGUCCUUGCCGCUGUACUACUUCCUGCCGCUGCUGGUCACGGUAUCUAGCCACGUGCUGGUAUUUCUUCAGAAACACUCCUACCACGAGGAGGACGAGUACCCGUUUCCGUCUAGAAUCAUCCCGACCGGACGACGCGGACAAGUCCUCCUGUUCUUCAGCUGUGUUCUUCCUUUCCUGGGUCGCCUCCCGUCCGUUCUGGCCGUCGUCAUUUGCUCGUCGAAACUCAACUCCGCUGAGCCUCACGAGCAGGCACAAGAUGCUGGCAACAUAGAAGAAAUAUGCCGGGAAGGAAAGCUGGACUUCUUCCUCGUGUGGUUCAAGUUCUUCUCAAUCUCUUGCAUUCUUCCCCUCUUAUUGCUUAUGGGAUCACCAAACCUGAGGAAAUACGUGAGAGGUUAUUUCGCCGAGAAAGGGACCCAGUGUCUACGAAUGUGGCUGCGAUCUGACGACGGCCUACAGUCUCCGAUAGAACUGACUAUACGAGGCAAUUCUAGGCACACGAAUGCACGCGGGGUCAGACGUCAUUCGCCUGAAGACGAAAUAAUUGAAAUCGUGUAACCGCUUUGGGAAGCGGUCACAAAUGUUUUAUAACUUCCACGCAGGGGAAUAUUAUUGUGGUCUCGGUUACUUUACGCUGUGUCUGUGUUGCAAGAAACAUGCAAAUUUAUUCUGCCAAAGUUUGGCCUCGCUGAAUGCUUCGGGGAAUUAGCAUCUGGGAAAUAGUGACUCCAUCACCGUGUGUUGAGGUAAUUGAAAUUUCGGGACGCUUUGUUCCCGCUGCAGUGUUCUUCACUCAGCUUUCAUCGCUGAUGAGAGGGCUUUUAUGUUAACAUCUCCCUUCCUUGUUAACAUUCCAAAUCAUUCCCACGAAACAAACAACUUCCAGCGAGUCGUAUUAACGUCACCAAAAAAUACCUGAUUUACAUGUCAAUGCCACAGAUUAAUAACAAUAAGAAAAUAUUUAUAAGGCGUGGAAAUUGAAUAAAUAUCAUUUGAUUAGAAUUAUGGCUUCCAGGGCUCUCCAUAUUCACUGUAGAGUCACCUGAUUUAUCACCGUAUCAAAAUGAUAAGCUGAUCCCUCCGAAACGUCGGCAACUUCCACCAUUCAAUAUAUGCUAUAUCCAUGAAAUUAGAUGCAUAUUUUGGAUUCUUUAAAACAUGUGUAAAAUCGAAAGUGUCUGUAGCUUCCACCACUCCAUAUCCCAAAAUCCAUGUUUGUUACCGUUCCACAGAGCACGAGGUAAACUGAAGGUCGUGCUGUUGUUUCAUUUACAAAAGAAGAAUAUUCAACCUGAAGUCUUUGUACAUUUAACUUAUGUUUGUGUUUUAACACUGGACAGCUUAUUCAAAUGUGACGUGUUUAUUGUGCAGCAACUGAAUUACAAUAAAAUGUACGGAGACUGAUAUCA